AAGAAAAUAAACUCAUCACCAACAAAAGAAAAUGCUGAAACAACUCUCGUUCGAUCGACAAAUUCAUUCCGCCUUUCCGUUAGCAUUGGCAGCUUUUCUCAUCUUAGGACUCGCUCGGCUAGUCUUAGAUGAUCUCAAGAGUCAUGGAAGCUUUGUCUUCAAGAUGUACGGCCGACCGAGAAGCGAAACCCGUCACCGACUACCUAUUGUUGUUUCUUCAAAGGAUCUCAUAGAUGAAGACUGCAAUUUGUUCGACGGGAAAUGGGAAUGGGAUAAUGCAUCAUACCCUCUUUAUGAAGAAGAGACAUGCCCAUAUCUAGUUAAACAAGUUACUUGCCAAAAGAAUGGAAGACCUGAUUCUUUCUAUAAGAAGUGGAGAUGGCAGCCUAAUUCUUGCAAUUUACCGAGGUUUGAUCCAUUGAAGCUGUUGGAUAUUUUGAGGGACAAAAGAAUAAUGUUUGUUGGGGACUCAAUUCAGAGAGGGCAAUUUGAAUCAAUGGUCUGCUUGGUUCAAUCAGCCAUUCCCAAAGGAAAGAAAUCCCUUCAAAGAGUUCCUCCCAGGAAGAUCUUCAAAGUUGAGGAUUACAAUGUAUCCAUCGAGUACUACUGGGCACCGUUUAUAGUUGAGUCGAUUUCUGAUCAUGCAACCAACCAUACAGUGUUGAAAAGAAUGGUGAAGCUCGACUCCAUAGCUAACCAUGGCAAGCACUGGAAAGGGGUUGAUGUUUUGGUGUUUGAGAGCUAUGUCUGGUGGAGAUACAAACCCGUGAUCAAUGCGACGUAUGGAUCUCCAGAGGAUGUAAAAGAGUAUAAUGUGAGCACUGCAUACAGAUUGGCAAUGGAAACAUGGGCAAAUUGGCUAGAAUCCAACAUCAACCCAAAGUCUCAAAACGUCUUCUUCAUGACAAUGUCUCCAACACAUUUGUGGAGCUGGGAAUGGAGGCCAGGAAGUGAUGAGAACUGCUUCAACGAAACUCAACCAAUGCACCAUCCACACUGGGGCACUGGUUCUAGCACAGAGAUUAUGGAAACAAUUCAUGAUACUAUACAGAAUCUCAAAGUAGAUGUAACUAUAUUAAACAUUACACAGCUAUCAGAGUUUCGAAAGGAUGCACAUACGUCAAUUUACGGGGAGCGUCGAGGCAAGCUUUUGACCAAACAACAGAGAUCCGAUCCAAAAAUUUUUGCAGAUUGCAUCCAUUGGUGUUUACCAGGAGUUCCCGAUACAUGGAAUGAAAUUUUGUAUGCUUACUUGUUAAGAAACCAUCAAAAUCUUUGAUAGGUUUCAACCAAAACAUCAAAGGCAAAGAACUCUCAAGAUAAAUAGGAGAACUUGAGCGGAUAAGGCUUUUUUGACUUCUUCAAGAUCGUAGGUUCACUUUUUCUAAUAGAUAUCUGUGAUGUAAUAUUCUAAAAGACUAGAAAUAAGAAAGUACCUUGUUGGCAAGAUGAAAAGUCCAAAUUCCAU